UAGAUAUAAAUGCUCAAAUGUUAGUGUUAGAAUUUAAAUUCAUUAUUCUGUGCUGAUCAAAUAUUUUUGUCUAUCUUAUUUUUAUUAACUGUCUUAUUUUUGAGGGAGUGGGAUAACUCUUGCUUCGGUUGAUAGUUCAGAAGACAAAUCAAUGCUAAAAGGCAUGAUUAGUAGGACCAUGGGAGUGCCAAUACGGUGAAUAGAGGGAAGAGAUAAAAUUUAUUGUGCAUGUGAUAUGGUCCCUUCACCCCUUAGCCCCACUGCCACCCCUUUUCUCCUUCAUUCUUUCCGGUUUUGCUCCUGUGCAAAGCACCCUAAAGAAUAUGCAACAACCAUGAAGAAGCCAGCUAUAAAAUUGAAUAAGAACGGUAUAGAAAUGGGUAACCCCGUAUCUGAAUCUAAUGGACUGAGAAUUUACCAGAACGCAUGUACUUAUCUUUUGCUCCACAAGAGACUUUAGAAAUCCUAAGCAGUUAUAUGGAAAAUAUGAUGUUGGGGAUCAUUGACAGGAAAAGGGGACACUGGCCGCACCGUUCAAACAAUAAUGGUGCAUGUUCCUUGUGGAUGUCAUUUGGGGUGUAUGUAACUGGGGUGCUCUUUCAGACUGCUGCCUUUGUCUCCUUCUUGCUCAUUGCUCAUGGCUACUGUAUCAUGUGUGAGCAUCUUUCUUUAAGUGAACGCCGUACAACUGCUGCACUUGGAUGUGUCUUUUACUUAACGCUAGUGGGUUACAAAGCUUGCGUACCAUACUUCACGGUUCUUCUGCUACUGAAUUAUUUCAUUUCAUUCUAUGUUAUUUUCCGGCAUAUAUCACAAAACCUAUUGUUGUUGCGGGAACAACUGAGUAUUGUUGAAAAUGAAGAUGUUCGGACAAUGCAUGAUGCUCUGUAUACGAAGUACAUGAUGUUCAAGAAAUUCCAGGUUGCAAUGCAGAUAGUAGCUAUGGCAGAAACUAUGAUAUACAUGAACAUGGAUGACUCUUCAGAGAAUUACUGCCUUCGGUUACUAGUCAGAGAAUGGGCACAAUUCUGCAUUUUUUCAUACAUUGGGUGGACUUUCAGGUCACAGGACUUGGCGCCACGCUUCUCUGUUAUGCCUGCCACCAAGUGUAAAGGCGAUACUUUGGUGCCUCCCAUCUACAGUAUUGAAAUGGAUGCCGCUACUUUUAAAGAUUUCAGUAGUCAUGAAUGGCACAUUGGGGUGCCAACUUCUGCUUGCCGUGAUGAAAACUCAGAAGGUGCAGUUCUAGUGAUCAUUGAACAUCCCCACUCACAGAGGCUAAGAACGCCUGAUACUUCCUCUUCUCCUAUUGUGUCAAAUCUCAUUUCACAGACAUCUUCAUACCGAAUAUAAUCAAUCAACAUUAGCUCUACCAUCUAGUCAUCUAUUGGUUGCCCAUGCCUUUUCUCCUGCAAUCUGGCAUGGGCAUGCCAGUACACUCACUGCUUCCGGGUUUAGAAGGUAAUUUGAACGUUUCAAGCUGAGAGGAAACAAGAAGAGUAGAAGUAUAUAUUGGGUAUAGUCUCCCCUCUUUUUCUUUUUCUUACCAACUCUUUCUUUCUUUGUUUCUUUCCUUUUUUUUUUGCCCUCUUCUUUUUUAAAUACUUUACAAACUUUUGCUUUAGAAAAUGCCAUGAGUUAGUCAUGAGCUGAGGGUAGAAUAAUGAGUGUUAUCUUGUUUAGAGGCAACCACAAAUAUGUAUUCUGUACACCAUCGAAGCAAAUGGUAACUGUAUAUUGUUCUUCCUUGUACUGUUGUUCUCUCAUUGAUUAUUUCCGACUU